GGAAGUGAAGUGGACGGUACAGUAGUCUUCAAGCAAGCCAAAUAGAGUAGUGGGUUACUAGCUUUUUGUAAAGCCUACAGGGUUCAGAAGAUAUCUGACACAUGGCGCAAAUUUGCCUCUGAAGUGGACCUAGCAUUUUGUACUUGUCACAAAGUGGCUGUCAACUUGCAAACCUAGCUGGUUAGCUGGAUGGCUAGUGAUAAUGAACUGUUGUGCUUUGUCGGACAAUCAGCUAGUGUUACUCUGGCUAAUGCUCAUUUAGCCAUCUUGCUGUCACUGACAUCACUCCGUGCGCUGACGACAUGACAUGUCUGCAUAACUUUUUGUCUGCUGGGCAUUUAUUUGCCACACAUAUUUCAUUAUGGACAGCGAACGCAGCAAUUGCAGGCCCCAGGUUGGAGACAAUAGCAAGCUAACCUAGCUAGCAAGCUAUCGUGGCUGCUAAGCUUGCUAAAAGCUGUCUUGACUGGUGCGUGUCUGGAGCCGCACUGAAAACGUCGAGGUGCCUGCACCAUGGAUCAGAUGGAUAUGACAGACCAAAUCACAGCAGCUUGUAGCCAGCCAUUGUUCCACGACCAAGACCUGACUGCGAUCGAUCAAGACUCAGUCCCCCAGCAGCAACGCAUUGACAUCAUGUCAUCACAAUCCAAAUGGGUGAGCAGAAGCACUGAAGACACUGACCUGAUCAUAACUGAGGAUGGGCUCAGUAAUGGCACCUGUGAAGUUGAGACUAUGGUAGCAUUACACUGUCUUGGUGACAGUGGAGAUGUUACUGGUGAGGGUGACCACCUUGCACUAAGCAAUGAUGGCAUGUCAGAGUUUUCUAACAGUGACCUCUCGCUGCCUGAGGUCUGCAUUUCCACCAACAGCAACAGCUUUGAGGAGGACAUGAACUAUGAGGUCCAGCAAGCUUACAGGAUAUUCACUGGCUUUCUCUUGGACAAGCACAAAGGGAUCACCAGCCCGUUCCUUCAUCCCAUCGGACACCAGGAGGCUCAGCAUGGAAUAGGAGGGGUCCGAGGCCGGGGCCAGGCACAGCUCAGGCAGUCGAUGUGCUUGCGGAGGAUGGAGGAGAAGUUUAUCAACCAAGAGUAUGAGACCAUAACGGCGUUUGUUGCAGACUUCAGGUUGAUGUUGGAGAACUGUUAUCGCUACCAUGGGGUAGACCACUGGGUCUCCAAACAGGCUCAAAAGCUGGAAAUCAUGCUGGAGCAGAAGCUUACAUUGCUGUCCAGAACGCUGCGAGAGAAGACAACUUUAGCAGUUACUUCUAAAGGACGUUUUGGUGCAGAGGAAGAACGGGUUUCAGGGGGCACUUCCACAAGGAGGAGGCUGGUACCUCGUAGCCUGGCUACCAUCACUGUUGGUGGGCAUGAAUCGGUCAUGGUCCAAGCCCUACGUCUGGAAGAACAACAGAGGGCCAAGGAGGAGAAGAGGCAACGUGAGCUUGAGAAGAAAGAGGCAGAGGAAAUGUCAGCCAAAGAGGUGGAAGAGUGGGAGCAGACUUUGCUGUCACAGGCUUCCCCCCACACCGUGGACACACUUUGGGAACUCCCUGCUAUAGGGCACUUCCUCUGUCUGGCUCAGACUGCGCUUAACCUCCCAGAGAUUGUAUUUUUCGAUCUAGAGCGUUGUUUGCUGAUGCCCCGCUGCAGCCUCCUCCUGUCCAAAAUCAUGUCUUCCCUUCUGUCCCAACCCCAGCGGAGGGCCACUUUGAACCGCCAGCCUGCCCUGCCUUAUCGCCGCUGGGAGUCAGAACUCAGGCAGCGGGUCAUGGGCUGGUAUCGAGCUGUUGGUGCCUCUCAUGAUCAGCCACGUCGGGCUGAACAGCUGGGACUCUCCCACCAGUUUUUCACUACUCUCGGGGAGGUGAGUCCUUUGGAAGAGAAACCCUUUCACUUGCUGCCCUUCUACCAGCGAGUGUGGCUCCUGAAAGGGCUGUGUGAUAAUGUGUAUGAAACACAGAAAUAUGUGCAGGAUGCUCUCCUGGCCCAGCCCAUCCAUGAAUGUAGGGAGUCUAUUUUGGGCUAUGACAGCAGGGAGAACGCCUACAUACAUUUCCCACAUUUCUGUGGGGCAGACCUGAGAAUUUACAGCCAGAGCCCCAGCACACCCCCAGUUUUUCCCUUCCCUUCUGUAUGGGUCAAAAGGGUUGAUACAGUGGCAGGGACAGAGGGUGAAGAGUCAGAUGGAAUGAAGGAAGAACGUGUUACAAGUGACAGGGGGUGUUAUGGAGGCUCAAUGGACACAGGAGAGUCAGAUGAUUUUGAAAAGGGGAAAGCAGAGACACUUGGGGCUUUUAAAGGGGAAAAUGGGGAGGGAGACAAAGAUAAAAAAAUGUUUAAAUCUUGGACACUGAAGAAGGAGGAGGGGUCUGAAUCAGGGUCCUCUGAUGAAGACUCCUGUGAAGACUCUAAAUUGGACUUAAAAAUACACACUAAGUCCUUAUCCCUGUCACACACUAGUCCUAUUGGAGGAAGUGUGGAAAUGAAGUUGAAGGAAGAGACUGUAGAGUUGCAGCAUCAAUCCAAGCGACUCAAAUUAAAACACGUGCAGCGCUUCUCAUUGGGCUCAAUGCGCACCAUUAAAGCAGAGACACAGGAGCCCUGUCUGAGUGUAGGGGAGCACAGCUACACAGGCAGGUCACCUGCUCGCUUGAAUGUGGCCUCCCCAACGAAACCAAUCAAAAUCGAGGGAGUAAGUCCCAGUCAGGGACACCAAAGGUCUUCCUGUUUGGAUUGUUGUGAAAGCAAAACUAAUACUGUGAAAUCUGAGGAGCAUGACUGCUGCUGUGGCGCAUCAGGGCUACAGACACAGUUGUCUUCUGAGAGUUCUCAAAACACAAGUGACGAGAGGAUGAAUGACAAAAUCUGGACAAAAAAAAAAAAGCGGAAGAAAAAGCGAGUGAGGGAACAGCUGCAGAGGGUGAAAGGAGAGCACAAGCAGCUGCAGCACGUGGACAGGAUGAGACUGUCCCCAGCUGAGACUACCAAGUCUGCAGUGCGGAGAGUUGCCACAACCAUCAAGAGAAAAGACAAGAAGAAAAGGCAUAAAGCAGGAAAAAAACUUGAUACGUCAAAGAAAAUUAAAGAUGAACCUUCAGUUGAACCAUCAUUUAAGUUGGUAUGUACCAGUCUUGAUGAGUUGCGAGACCUGAUCAGUAAGACCGAAGAUGAGCUUGAUGACCUAGAGAGCACCAAAAAGAGAUUGGGUCGGUGGUACUAUAGGAGAGAAGCAGUGAAAGACCUCCACAGCACUCUAAUCAGACUACUUAAUGAGCUUUCACCCUGGGAACCCAAACUUGUUAAGGCCUACCAAAGGAACAGGCUUCGUCUGAAGAAGGAAUUUGAGGACUUCAAGAAGCAUCCAGAAUACAAUAACUUUACGCGUGAGGAAUGUAUUUCAUCUUCAUCAUCAGACGAUGAUGAUGAGGAAGAGAGGGGUUUUGGGAAGGAGAUGUGUUCAUUCUCAGACCAUUAUCGAAGGUCAGAAGACGAAGACCUGGAGCAUAUGGUCCCCAGAGGUCUUUGGAGUGGAGCAAACACCAGGGAGUUUAUGGCUGAGGCAACUGGAGAAAGAACGGUGACCUACGUACCUCCGAACCACCUAAAACACUCUUUGGUCAACACAGAGAAGCAAAUCAGUCUGCUGACAAGAAGUCAAACUGGCAGCAGUAACAUUGCUUCAACCCUUGACUCUGGGCUUCAGUCUAGAUCUGAACUGAAACCAUCAAAUCAAUCCAGCGAUUCAAACUCAGCAUGGGCAGCAAGGGUGCCAGCCCAGGCUUCACUGUCACCCAGAACCCCCAUCCUCCAUCCCACCACUGGACUACCUAAGGGCUACACGCCCAUCCCCACCCUGCUGGCUAAGAGUGUGGGAAACAAAGUGACCUUAAUGAAACGGCCUGCUGAUUUUACAGGGAUCAAUAAUGUAGAUAGACAGAGCAAAGGGUCUUUGGUCUCCCUGCCUACCUCUGCAGUGACUACCACAAAACUUUUAAAAGCACAAAGUUCUCCAUCAAGUUCCCAGCAGAACUCGCAACAAAUGCAGGCACAAGGACUACAACAGACUGAAGUACUAAGACAGCCAGGAAUGGCUACAGUGACGGCAGCUCCUAAAUCACCACAGGCAAAACCAAUCCAGACUGUACCAAAAAAUCCUGUCCAAGUGGUGUACAAAGUACCUGAAAGGCUGGGUCACCUUGUAAGAAAAGACAACAGCAGCCCAGUCAAGAUCUCUGUUCAUCCUGUCGUGGACCAGAACACUGGGGAGAAGAUCAUGCAGCAAUUGGUCAUUUUGCCUUCUAACCUUCUCGUUCACAAAACUGAAGAUAAGGGGUCUUCUUUAAAUCAACAACAGUCUAAGGGAAUUCAGGUCCCAGUCUCUAAAGUGGCCAGCCCCUUCUGUAUGUCCACCAAUGUGCCUGGGUUCACCAUUCCCGAAAACAGAAUCCCUGUUCAGCAAGUGGCUCCCCUGAAAGAUACCAGGAUAGCUAUAACUCCUUCUCCUUCUGUCUACCCUCGCCUGCAACAGGGAACCCUAAACACUGCAGGGCUCAAGGGGGCACCAGUUGGCUGUCCCCAAGCUAGCACACCGCAAGGUGUCAUGCCAAACCCCUCACCAACAAAUCCUUCUAGUGCAAUUUCUACUGAACCUUUUAAAUCUACAGACCCUAAACAGGAGCUUAAGACGGUGUGUAUCCGUGACUCACAGUCAAUCCUGGUAACAACUAGAGGAGGCAACACAGGCAUCGUCAAAGUCCAGGCAUCGUCAGACCAUAAUGCACUUGGCUCUUUGCCCACUAGUCCAGUCAUCACAAUCUCGCCUCAGUUUAAAGCCUUCCUUGUGUCCAAGACGUCACAGACUCUUUCUGCUCCGUCUGCUCCCUCUCAGACUUCCCCUUGCACCAUCCCAGCAGUGACAAGUAUCUCAGUGGCCCAACCUCAGAAGCAUGUUCCUUCAGUAUUGAAGUCCCCUUCCACUGUCUCAACUCCAAUGCUUGCCACUGGUAGCAACACCUCAACUGGUUCUGCAGUUGCAACAAAGAUUGGCCAGCUAGCGCAGACCCCUGCUGCUGGUUCUCAUUUUCAAAGUCCAUUAGUAAAAAACACUGUUGUUGUCCCAUCACUUAAUAGUUCUGGUGUUUCUCAAGUUCUCACAAAAGCAGAGUUCAUCAGCAAGACUGGUGUGAAGCGGGCCAGUACAGAUGAGAGAUCCCAAGUCACAAAAUUCAUCCUAGUUACUCCCUCUUCUUCCUCUGCCUCAAAUGUGGCCUUGUCAAAAGGUACACCCACUUACACAAAAUCACUUCCCAGUUCAAGAGUAAUGUUUGUCAGCCAGCCCACAGCAACAUCAACCUCCACCUCAGAGGGAAGCAUUCCAAAGCAGGCAAUAGCAACAGUUGCUACUGGACAGCUGCUAACCACGUCAUUAUCAAGUCAGACUCUUAAAAUGGGAUUAAGCCCAGGCCAACCUGUUGUCAACUCCGAAGCAUUGUCCAAGGUCAAGAACAUCACUCUGCCUUCAGGGGUUCAAAUCCAGUUGUCAGGGAAGACGACAACCAUAGGACAGACCAUAGGUGUCCUCUCACGUUCUCCUUCCAAGAUCACACCAGUAUCUGUCCAAGAUACAGGCCGUCCAACAGCCACCACCACUGGACUGGUCCCGGUUACAAGUUCAAAUACCACCAUAAGCUCUGCUGCCCAGCUUGCUUCUCAUGCUUCUCUGACCACUAGCUCUCAGCUCCAGGGUAUCCCUUCCUUCACCAUGAUGUCCCAACAAAACUCUUCAACAUGCACAUCUACUGCUGGUACUCUGCCUGCAGGAAAUGUAAUCAAGAAGGACUUUAAUAUGCCUGCAAGUAUGCUCUCCAGCAACUCUCCUGCUCAGGUAACUACUACUGUGCAGAGUAGCCCAGCCCAAUUCUCCACACCUUGUUCCACCGCUCUUGUUCGUCAGCCUUCAAAUGUCCAAAGUGGCAUUGGUGAGGAAACCACUUCCACCUUAUCUUCCUCUCAGCUUGCUCUUAAUAAAACUCAAACGGCCAUCUCCUCUGCAACAACCACCAAUACCCCAUUCACCCCCUCUGUUACCGGCACAAUCCAGCAGAGGAUAGUCAUCAACACCUCUACGCCUCUUGCUGCUGGCACACAGAUCCUCCUUAACAAUGCACGUUUUGUAGUCCCUCCCCAGGGUCUGGGUCCAGGCAGCCAUGUCCUUAUCAUCUCAAGCCCUGCACCACAACAAGUGCCUACAACCAGUGUUACAAGCACUGGAGCAUCAGUACCUCCCCAAGGGGCAAGUCAUGUCUCUGUAGCCCCCCGAGCACCAGUUUUACCCCAAUCCCCAGCUAGGCUGCCUGGUGUGCCAGCUUUAAGAUCUCCUUUUGUAGCAUCUACACCUGCUGUUGGUCCAUCAUUGCUAGCAACCACUCCAAAUGUCAUGCCAGUCCGACUAACAGGAACGUCUGGCCUGGGCUCAACGUGGUUACCCAGUAAAACAAAUGUAGUGUCUGCUCUGCCUAGGUUGCCAGCUUCGCAGGCUGGUAACUUUGCAUCACCACCUGUAGGUACACCCACUCUGGUCUCAUCCCCGCCAAGGCUAAGCAGUGUACCAGUCCCAUUUUCCCCGGUGGUAACCAGUGCCCCUGCUCUCAGCUCGGCGCUGAGUAAAAUCAUUUUAGCUGCUGGGACACCCACGUCAGCUGAAUGUACAUCCACCAUUUCUCCUGCAGUAGCGCCCCCCAUGUCCAGACUGUCAGCCCCUCUAUCAUCCUUGCCUGUUUUCUCUCAUUCAUCAGCUGUUACCCUACCCAGCCCUGUCAAACCAGUUCUCGCACCCCUGUUGUCAGCUGCAGCUCCCGUGGUAGCAGGCACACCAGUUUUGCAUUCUUCUCUUCCUGCCCAGCAUGUGGUUUCAGUGACAAGCCCAGGCCCAGGCAUACAGCCCCAGCAGACAACAGCUGCAAUUGCAGCUACCUCCACUACUCCAUCACAGGCUUUACUGCAUAUGGGACUAGGCAGCACAUCAGCAGUCAUACAACCAGUGCUUGCUGGCACACGGACACAGGUAUUACCAACAGUGGCUGUCCCACCAAUUGUGAGUGUAUUGUCUAGGACGCAGACACUGCCCAUUGCUACAGUCCCACCAAUCGGAAGCACUUUCAACACCUUCGAUACAGCACCUGUGGUCACAGCGUCUUCAUCCAGCAGCACAGCAAUAAACGCUCCAGCUCAACCAAUCACAUCACUGAAGACAAACAACGCCAUCCACCCACCUGUCGUUAUGACCAAUCCAGCACUUGGAAUGCACUCUCUGCAGACCUCAUCUUUAGGUCUGCAUACCAAUGUAGCAUCCAAGCUACUAAUUAGUCCCGAUGGCACUGUUUUGAAUACAGUUCAGUGCCAGGUCAAUCCAAUUGAGCUGACUGCCUGCCCCAAACCACUGGAUGCACUAGUGGUUUCCCCCAACAGUUCCACUGGAGCACUACACACACAUGAUUCCUCUUUACAGCCUUCACAGGCAGACAGAAAGUGAACCAAUCAGCUGAGACUGUGUCAGCUAUGUGAGGACUCAAACACCACUUUUCAGCAGCUUUGUUUUACCAGGGCUCAUAUCCAUUGCUUGUAGUAAUCCUGGGGUUAGUUAAAGAACUGCUUUCCAGCUGUAGUUUGACUCAUAACUUACAUUUAGGAUAAACUAGGAUAUAUCCUUUGUUAGAUCAUCUUAUACUGUAGGUUAACUGUAUGCUUAAUCAGACAUACUGGAAAUGUAUACUGUGAUGGGUUUCUCAAGUGAAAACUGGCGAGGUUACCCUCAGAUGAAUGUUAUAGACUCUUGACUUUCCUUUUUUUGUUUACUUUAUGGCCAGUAAUAACAACGGUUAUAACAAAGCAGUAGAAUGGAAUAAAAUUAAUUUCAACUCAAGCUUUUGUAAUAUUUUUCAAAAGAUUUUAGAUACUGCUUCAAAAGGCAUUGGGAUACUAUUCAUAGGUACAACUUGCUCUACUUUGUCAGUUUGAACAAUACAACUGUCUGUAUUCAGAUUCUGUUAUGUCAUCCUUUUUUGAACUAGUAACUUUGAAAACUACAUAUUACUUUUUAGAAAUAUAAAUAAACUAAUAGAUGAAUUUGUACUACAUGUUUGAGCCCAUAUAAAAUGUUUUGAAGUCACAUUUAUUUAUUUUUACCAUAUAGAUUUUUCAAAAAUAUUU